GUUCAACCAGACAUUGGAUAUUGUGCAUAUGUCUAACACUCGACUCAGUUGAGAUAUUUCACCAUCCUCGUAUUUAUAUGAAGAUUGUUGCGCAUGUCACUUUAACUUACAAUUAAAAUUUAUCAAUUUAUAUGGCUGUAUGCUGCUAGAACACGAAGAUACAUUCCAAGACAAUAAAAAAUCAUGGAAGAAGCCGAGAUCAUCGAAAUUCAUUCCAUCUGGAGAGGACAUCAUUACCGAGGGCAAAUGUCUUUGUGGUCAGUACAUUCGGGCCCGAUUAAGACGUGCGGGAUUUUUGAAUAGGAAGGUAACUCAACGCUUACGUACAAUGUUAGACACACCAGCUACAUUUUCAACUAGAGAAAUUUUUCCGGCAUUAAAUGCGAUGGGGGAGGAGCUCGAACGAAUGCAUCCCAGAAUUUAUUCGAAUGUAUCACGGCAACUGUCACGAGCUGCAUUUGGAGAAUUACAGUGUGCCGAUACUGCCCCAUUUCUUCUUCAUGCCGCAGCUAAAGAAUUAUUCAAAAAUGAAAUAAAUUGGGGAAAAAUAAUCUCAAUGUUUGCAAUAGCCGGCGGUCUAGCCGUGGACAUUGUACGUCAAGGCCAUUACGAAUAUUUGCACCGGUUGAUCGAUGGUACUGGCGAUGUUAUCGAAGAAGAUCUGUUGCCAUGGUUACGGGACAAUGGUAGUUUCUACGGUCUGCUCGACCACAUUCGGCCAGCUGUACCGGAACAGUCAUUUCUCAAUUGGUUUACAUUGUGCGUUGCCAUAAUAUUCGUACUGUAUGUUAUCACCUAUACGAUUAAGACUAUCGGUUCCAGUGUUUAUUCCUUUUUAGUCUAAAGAUGAAGAAAUUAUUUAGUCUUCCAUACAUAAUGCGAUAGUCAAUGAAUCUUUUACUUAAUUUUUUAUUUCAUUUUUGCUAUUAUUAAAUGAUAAACAAAAGAGAAAGAAAAAAAUUUUGAUUGUUAACUUAAUUAUUCCAACAUUGUCUUCUUCGUUUUUCUUUUUUUUAAAUUAGAAAAUAUUUAUUUUUGAGAGAUUAUUUUUGUUGUUUCUAUUGUUUCAUUGAUUUUUUUUUUGUCAUCAAUUUUAGCGGUUAAAAUUUAUUGUAAAUAUUUUGAAAUUAUGAAAUAAUUGAUUGUGAAAUUCACGGACAGAAUUGAGACGAAAAGCAUAUAAUGCUGCAACUUAUAUUUGAAUACUUUUACUUAAAAUACAUUGAUAUAUAUACUUAGA